CGCAGCCCCAGCCCCGUCACGGGCCCCGCCGCCCGCCCGCGACCCUGCCCGACCCCGCCCGGCCCCCGGCCCGCUCAAUGCCCACGGUGUUCUGUUGGAGGAUCCUUGGCACAUUUAUGGCGAUUCUGAGCGUCAGGGCAGACUUCUGCCAGGCCCAGCACAGCACCCUGGCUGCCAAGUGAGCUCACAGGGGGCUCCCCAACCUCUUUGUGCUGCCACAAUUCCCCAUUUUUUUUAUUUUUUUUUUUUUGAUUAUUUUCCCCCCUCCAAGACUCCUGGAGCCGGCUCAGAUUUAUGGGAUUUCUCCUGGCCCUUGGCAGCAGAUUCCUGGCCCAGGGAAACACCAAACCCCUGCCCUCACCUCACCAGUGCCUCCAUGCAGGACAGGCUGCCCUGCCUGUGCUCUGCUCUGGGAAUUUGGGGAGCCUGAAGGAAACCACCCUGCCAGCAACUGAGGAUUUGGAAGCAAACCUGCUUUUUCUAGGAACAAACCCAUCAAAGCAAGCUCUGAUCAAUCCCAGGAAUUAUUCGUGCUCUUUUUUGAUGUUUUCUGCUGUGAAACGUUUCCAAGGUCAUUGAUUUUUUUUGUUUUGUUUUGUUUUAUUUUGCCCCCCCCCCCUUUAUUUUGAUUUUUUUAUUAUUAUUUUUUGGAGGUUUUACUUUUAUUUUUUGGCCCCUCACACGAUUUUUUUGCCAUUAUGAACCGUCCAGCCCCCGUGGAAAUUACUUAUGAAAAUCUGCGUUUCCUGAUCACUCACAACCCAACCAAUGCAACCCUCAGCAAGUUCAUCGAGGAGCUGAAGAAAUAUGGGGUGACAACCUUGGUGCGAGUUUGUGAUGCCACUUACGAUCAAGCUCCAAUCGAGAAAGAAGGAAUCCAAGUUCUAGACUGGCCGUUUGAUGAUGGAGCACCACCCCCCAGCCAGAUCGUGGAGGAUUGGCUGAACCUUUUGAAAAGCAAAUUUCGGGAGGAGCCCGGGUGCUGCGUGGCUGUGCACUGUGUGGCAGGGCUGGGAAGGGCUCCCGUUCUGGUGGCGCUCGCUCUCAUUGAAUGUGGAAUGAAGUAUGAGGAUGCAGUUCAGUUUAUAAGGCAGAAAAGGAGGGGAGCUUUCAAUUCCAAACAGCUGCUUUAUCUGGAGAAAUACCGGCCCAAGAUGAGAUUACGCUUCAAAGAUGCCAACGGUCACUGCUGUGUUCAAUAAAUAAACACAAAAACCAAAAUAUUGAUCUCAAAAGGAAGGCAGAAGUGAGCGGGGGGCUCUUCUCUGGACUCUUGGCACCUGGAAAUGUGAAUCUGGAAUCAAAAAAAAAAAAAGAAAAAAAAAUGUCAUUAAAUUAGUGGUGGAGUCAGUGCUCCUCAACCUCUGUCCUUAAAAAAAAAAAAGGGUGAUGAUGAUUGAGAGGAAAAAAACCCCAAAAUUAGAAAAUUAUAUAAUAAUAAUAAUAAAAAAGCCAAUUAAGAGAAACAUUUCAGUGAAGGAUUGUUUUCUCCUUAAGCUGCAACCUGCAAGGAGAAAAGCAGUUUCUGAACCUUCUGUAUUUUUAACUUUUUAAGAAAAGAAAUAAAGUCAACUUUAUGUCUAAGGAAAAGCAGCAGAGCAUUGCCUUGUGCAGAAAGGAUUUUCUCGAGGUGAGAAAAGCACCCCCAGCCAGGAAUGUGAAUUCCUGAGAUGUGAAUUCCUUUUUAAACUCUUUAAAAAAAGGAAAUUUUUUUGUUUUUAACCAGGGACACGAGGAGGAGCUGGCUGGGAACAGCCUGACAGCCUUAAGCCCCUUUUUGGGCACAUCCCAGGGAUUUUGGGGGAUGUUUCCCAUGGAAUUCUGACUCCUGGGGGGCUUGAACAGGACCCUCACUGCCUAAACCCUGUGGUGAAUCUGUUUUUUGGGAGUGUGUGUGAUUCUCUGUGUGUGUCACUCUGAUUUUUACCCAAAGAAUUCGGCUGAAAUGUUAAUUUUAGACAGAAAAUCCAUCCUGCCACACAAGACUGAUGUUCCAAAGUGUCCUGGGUGAGCGAGGGGCGAUUCAGACAAGGGUUUAAAAAUAAUUUCUCUGUCAGAAAGAUGGAAAAGGCUUUUUUAUUUUGAUUUUUUUUUUUUUUUUUGCUGCUGUCCACAUUCCCAGCCUUGCUGAGCACAGGGAAUUGGGAUUUUGAGGGAAGUCUCACUUGGUGUGAGGGGGAAUUUUCUCAGCUGAGCCUCCAGUUCUUUUUUAUUGGGGUUUUUUGGAUUUCCACCCCAAAAUCCUGACACAAUUCAUCAGCAAACCCUAAAAAUUUGGGUUUUGUGGAGCUGUUGGGGUGCGAAUUGAAGGAUUCCAGAAGCCAUUUUGGCCAGGCUGCUCCUACCAAACACGUUUUUGAUUUUGGCUGUUCCAGGUGCGAUCUUGCACCUUUUCCUGGAUAAUUUUCCAUCAUAUUCAUAUUUUUUCCCAUAAUAACCAUCUUUUUUCCAUAAUAUCCGUAUUUGGAAGGGUUUGGAUCCACCUUGCUGAGCACAGGGAAUUGGGAUUUUGAGGGAAGGCCUCACUUGGUGUGAGGGGGAAUUUUCUCAGCUGAGCCUCUGAUUGCCUUCUUAUUUGUUUUAGGGGUUUUUGGGAGGGAGGAUCCAAAUUCCCACCCCAGAAUCCUGACACCCUUCAUCAGCAAACCCUAAAAAUUUGGAUUUAGUGGGGCUGUUGGGGUGCAAAUUGAAGGAUUUCAGGAGCCAUUUUGGCUAGGCUGCUCCUACCAAACAUGUUUUUGAUUUUGGCUGUUCCAGGUGCGAUCUUGCACCUUUUCCUGGAUAAUUUUCCAUCAUAUUCAUAUUUUUUCCCAUAAUAUCCAUCUUUUUUCCAUAAUAUCCAUAUUUGGAAGGGUUUGGAUCCACCUUGCUGAGCACAGGGAAUUGGGAUUUUGAGGGAAGGCCUCACUUGGUGUGAGGGGGAAUUUUCUCAGCUGAGCCUCUGAUUGCCUUCUUAUUUGUUUUAGGGGUUUUUGGGAGGGAGAAUCGCAAUUUCCACCCCAAAAUCCUAAUACCCUUCAUCAGCAAACCCUAAAAAUUUGGAUUUUGUGGGGCUGCCAGUGAAUAAAUUAAGGGACUUAGGAGCAGGCCACGCUGUUCCUACCAGACACAUUUUUGUAGUGCCCUGCCCCAGGAGUGAUCUUGCACAUUCUGGUGGGUAAAUUUCCAUUAUAUCCAUAUUUUUAUCCAUAAUAUCCAUAUUUUUCCCAUAAUAUCCGUAUUUUUUCCACAGUACCCAGCCUUGGAAGGGUUUGGAUCCAGGUUUCAGGCCCUAUUCCCUCAGGAUACUUUGAAAUUUCGGAUUUUUGGGCUGUACCUGCAGCAGGUUUCGUCCCCAUCCCUUCCUCAUCCUCCUUUCCCAGGAUUUCUCCUUUUCCCAAACUCCCUCAGGAGCCUUUCCAGAACACAGAAAAUGAAUUUUAGGAAUCCCAACCUUGGCAGAGAUUUUAUAAAUUGACCCAGAAAAUGUCAGUGUUUGUCAAAGCCCCUCAGGGGAGCUCCCCCAAACCCUCCCUGCCUCCAGGUUGUGCUGAAUCCCCUCCUCCCUGUGGAAUAUUUUGAUUUUUCCAUGGAUCAAGGAGAGCUGGGAGUGUUUUUUGGGGUGGGUGCUGCCCUGGGGAGGGAGGGAAAUGGUGCUGAAAUCACAAUUCUGCCCUUUGCCUUCCCCUCCCACCCUCAGAGCAUGAGGAGUCAAUAAAAAUGGACCUUUCUGCAAAGGAAAAAAUGGAAUUUUUAGCCAAAGGUAUCCUGGUUUUUAAACCAAUUUGAUAAAUUCUGGAAUUCAGAUUAGAGGGGAGGGUGCUGAGCUGAAUGCAAACCCCAAAUCCUCCUGAAGAACAAUGAAAUAAACCAAAUUUUAAAUGCUCCAUGUACAACUUCACAUUCUUCCCGCUGCUCCCCUCAUUCCCCUCCUUGAUUUGUGAUGUCCUAAUUAUCAUAUCCAGCCUUAAUUAGCGGGGGAAAUGCAGAUUGUCCCGGUGUCCCCAGGAGCUGGGGGUGUCACUGAGCCCGAGGCACAGCUCCUGGCUCAGCUCUUGAACCUGGUGCAAUAAAGUUCUUGCAGUAAAAUCUC